CACGGAUGGAAUUUGUGCUAUUCGAUCAGCUGACACUACAACAACAACGAAGUAAAAUCAAAACUAGAGUUUGUAGGUUAUGGGAAUCAACGAUACCAAAACAAAAAAAUGAAAUAAUCAGUUUGGAAUGUCUUCUCAUAGAUGAAAAGGGAAGUUCUAUGCAAGAUGUGCUGGGAAGUAUUGCUACUAUUUGUCCUAUUUCUUAUACAUAUGUUGGUCAUGAGCUUACUCCAAUAAGAAAUAUGGAGAUAAAAGAUUUAGAGGAUAAUACUUUUCCAGUGACUUUAUGGGACAAAUUUGCUAUGGAAUUUGAUGAAAAUAUAAUUUACGAAAAAGAAGCUGCUGGACCGGUUGUAAUUAUUUUCGCAAGUAUGAGCGUGCGAAUGUAUAAAGAGAAGCUAUAUCUGUCGACAUGUUCAGCAUCAAGGUUUUACAUUAAUUUGGACAUACCAGAAGUUACAACAUUUCGAAAUACAUUGGAUAGAAGCCAACUACCUAUUGCACCAAUUAAACAUAUUGAAGCGGCACAACAACUAACUAUUAGCCCAUAUGAACAAAUGCUUAAGAAUCGUAAAACUGUUGCUGAAUUACUUGCAUUAAAUCCAAUGGAAGCUGAGAAUACGAAUUAUACCUGUCAAGCUAAAUUAGUAGAAAUUGAUACGACAUAUAAGUGGUGGUACAAGGCCUGCUAUGAUUGUAAAGGAGAAGUAAAAGAUUAUGAUGGUACUUUUUGGUGUAAUCAAUGUGGAAAAAAUGAUCAGUCACCUGUACCAUGGUACAAGUUAAAUGCCAUUGUUGCGGAUGAGACCAGUUCAGCGAACUUCACUAUUUUUGGCAAAACGGCGCAAGAUUUGAUACGAGUCCCUGCUCAACAACUUGCUAUUGCAAUCAAUUCAAAUAAAUUUAUACUACCUCCUAUUAUUAAAAAUGUUUUACAUGGAGAGUUCUGA